AUACCAGACAUGUACCGCGCCAUUCGUAAAAAUUCAAUUUUGCAUGCGGUCAAAAAUUGCCGGCCAGAAAAAGGGUUUGGCGGUCGAGUUGAUUGGACUACUGUCAUUUUUUUGCAGGAAUAUUUGAAUUGAAAAGGGGAGAACAAUGUCUUGGGAUGCAUACAAGGAUUCCCUGGAUAGCUACUACGUGGCAGAAAUCCAGAAGCGUGGCGAGAAGGGACCGAGUCAACUCACGCACGCCGGGAUUUUUGGACUAGCCGACGGCAACCCGUGGAUGUCAACCAACAAGAAGUGGUCGAUAGCGGCCAGUGCUGGUGAGAUUAAAACAAUUGUAUCAGCCUUCACGCAAGCACAGAAUCCCCUAGGCGCCACCGGCAUCAAGUUAGGACCAAUGAAAUUCAUGUACCUGCGGAACGACGACACGACGGUGUACGGCAAGAAGAAGGGAAUAGGGUCUCUAUGCAUUUACAAGUCUAAAACAGCCCUUCUGAUCGUCAUCGCGAGCGAGGCUGCCCAAGCCGGCGACGUGAACAGCGCCACCAUGAAGCUGGGCGAGUACCUGACGAAAAGCGGCAUGUGAUGAGUGCCCUCUAGGGGGCGCCCUUCGUGUUGUCGGUUCUUCCUUUGUUGGCACAAGUCCUAUUUAUCUCACCCAAAUUUUUUAUCUUAGUUUAUAAACAAGCGCCUAAAAGUGUUCACAGAAAUGUGUUUGAAAUGAUUUAAAAGAAUACUAAUUUUCACAGAAAUCUAUUUGUAAUCAGUUAUGUACAUUUUAUAGUCUAGAAAUUGUUGAAAGUAUUAUUUAAUUUAAUGCAUGUAUGUAUAAUGUACAUUAUAUAUGUUCAACAUACAUACUUAUGUACAUGUGUUGAUUAUUUUGUGUUAUGCAUGUUAUGCACACAAAUACCAAACGAGGCUUGAACGAUUUUUUUAAGUAUUUUAUCCAGACUGUUUGUGUUGUUGCAAUUGUUGUUGCAUUAUUUGAUAUGCGGUAAAACCAGGCCAUAAUCGAAACUGAUUGACAUGCCAGAUUUGGAAUCCGGAACGAUUCAACACAUGUACGUCUCGAUUCACUCUGCACAAAGCGUUUUGGCUCAUUCGGUGGUAUUAUCAGGAUAAUUUACCCGGUCUUCCCUUAAUUCCGCCCAAAAUCCAAGCAUUACCAACCGUUGAUGGAAUGAGGUAUUCACAGCCCAUCAAAUAUUGCUUUACAUGGGCUCAUUGUCACAAUAAAGUCGGUCGUUAAAACAUCCAUUAUAUUAUUAUUUGACUCAUCUUCACAGAUAGGGGCUCUACAUGUUGAAUACGGAAUCCACCUUUUAAUAGUAUUGUUGAAAAAAAGGUCCAGAAGUUCUUAAUCCCAUUUAUUUAUGUCAGUUUUAAAUUCGUUUUAACCACAGAGCCAUUUUAAGCGUUUAACUUAUGCAACAGUAUCGGUAUCCCAUUUUAAAGCUGUGACAUAUUUUCCUGAUAAAAUUUGAUAUAAAUUUUCUGGAAAAUUGAUGCGUUGGUUGCCUGAGCAAAGCAGGAAUUGAAGGAAAAAAGGAAUUGUUUUGUUCAAAUUGAAAUAUAUACAUUUGGUAAUACCAGUGACAAAAAAACAGGAAACCAAAAUGCGAUCCCAAUAAGUCUUGCAUUUAAAUAUGAGUUGCGUAGCAAACGUAUGCAUGCCAGAAUUUGCUUCCAAGUGUUCACUCCAGCAGCUGUUUCUUGUUCCGUUUGUUUUUCCAUCUUGAAAGGGAAAACGAUUACUUUCUUAUUAAUCGCUCUGUAAGGAACCCAGAUGUGCCCGUGUGUAUUGGGGUGCACAAUUCAGUUUGAUGAUGGCGAUCAAGCAUGCCUGAUGUGCUUGUAGCAAUUCCUCACAUCAGGGACGAACGAUAAAACAACAAAUUAAUGGUUAUGGCUUUUGCAGAAACCUUGGGCAAUUUUUGUCCCCCCCCCUCUAAAAAAAAAAA